AUGGCUAUGCCAUGCCAUUUUGUCGGUAGAUUGUUUGUGGUGGUGGCGGAAAGAAGAUUAAUUGAGAUAGACAAUGAUUCAGAAGCUAGAAAGCAAUCAGAUGAUACUGUGAGAAUAGACCCUUUGAACAAUUUCAACAAAUACAGAGGAGGAUUUGACAUUACAAAUAAACACUAUUGGAGUUCCACCAUCUUUACAGGUAUAUAUGGCUAUGCCAUUGCAGUAGUGUGGCUCUUGUGUGGCUUAGGAUAUGGACUAUAUCUUCUAGCCUCUACCAGCUGCUGUAAAAGGAAGAACAUGAAGCUUAAGAAGAGAUCAACUUGUCAGUAUCAACACUAUUAUCUCUGGCUUAUUUUCUCAGCUGUUUUCUUGACAAUUUUAGCAAUAACAGCUACAGGCCUGGUACUAGGAGGGAAUGCGAAACUACGUUCAAGAACAGAUACAGUUGUGAACAUUAUCAUUGAUACAGCAGAUGGGGCAUCAGAGACAAUAUAUACUACUACUGAAGCCUUGAGAGAUAUGAAUACUGACUUAGAAGAUACUGAUAUAGGUGAUGAGGCUGCUAAUUUCCUCAUUCCCACUUCCCAAAGUCUUGACAGACAGGCUGCUGAUAUACGUCGGGGAGCCACGAAAAAUAGGCGUUUAGUCGAGAAAAGCCUCGAGAUACUGUACAUAAUAACUACACUGACUAUUUCACUCAACUUGGCUGCUGCAAUUUCCCUAACAGUAUUUGGAAUCCUCAAAUUUAGAAGAAAUUUUCACCUGCUAAUCGCAGUAUGUUGGAUCUUUACAAGUCUCUGCUGGUUAUUUUUCGGGAUUUAUUUCUUCCUAGACAACUUCGCUGGAGAUGCAUGCACAGCUCUAGAAAGUUUCCGCAUAAAUCCCUAUAAUAAUAGCUUGAGUUCAAUCCUCCCCUGUGAUGAAUUGCUCUCAGCACAAUCAAUCCUAUAUACUGCCAGUGAAGGGAUUCAUCGAGUAGUGAACAAGGUAAAUCGGGAGCUAUCUACAAAUUAUGGAAAUGUUGCACAAAUAUGCAAUCCAUUCUCCGGUCCACCAGACUAUAACUACGAGCCUGAUGAGAACUGUCCAUCUAGCGCAAUCAGGAUAGGAGAGCUCCCUGGGAUAAUCAAGAUGUUGACUUGCACUGAUCCAAGCUGCAAGGGAGGAGUCAUGAUCCCAUAUAGGAUCUUCAACAACAUUGAGUCAUACAUAACUGCUCUCAAAAAGAUACUGGAUGUCUACCCUGGAAUUGAAAGCCUAGCAGAAUGUAACACAGUGUACAGUUCAUUUUCAGAUAUCCUUGACAAACAUUGCAAACCAUUAAAGAAAAACGCGCAUAUGACAUGGGCAGGACUUGUUUUCCUAUCAGUAGUAAUGGUCGUGUUAGUCCUCGUAUGGACAUUCGAGACACACCAUGAAAAAGAUCAUCACAACUUGGAUAGUUCUAUCAAGCCUCAUUCUUCUACAGCAGUGGAUAUGUUGGAAUUAGGCAUAGUAAGAAAUUCAAAGAAGGAAGAAAUGUAUUUAUUCAAUCUUUUUCAAGAACUAGAUGUUCAAGGAUUGUCAAUUGUAGUAAAGCAUUUUGGUUACUGA